UUUAUUUUUUGUUUGGGUGAAAUAAGCCCACCUUUUCUACUGGUUAUUAAAAGAGAGAAGAAAGUCACGGAAAGGGAAGAGCAAUUGCAGGCAUAUUACAGAGAGAGAGGGGGAAAGGUGAAAGGGAGGAGAAGGAAGGAGGCUGCUUACCCUUUUACAGAAUCGAUCUGCGGAAGGAAUGGAAGAGGAGGUUUCUUACCCUUUUACUGUUUUACAGAUUUGAUUGAGGCUGUCCCCUCCGGCGAGAAGCACAAUAACCGCCGCCGCCACCACCGUCUCCCCCGAACCCGUGGCAAAGAGGUUGAUUUUCGAUUGAGGCUUUCCCCUGGUUCUUGCAAUUAGAUUAGUAAAGUCCUGAUUCUUCAACAUGGAAAACGACGGUAUUGUUUUGUGUGGUGGGGGAAGGAAGGAAG